UUUACGUGGGCUCGAGCACCCCCCGGCAGCGACGGCUGCGGCGCGGGGCUUUGGGCAUCUGGGUACUCCCGGAGCCUUUGGUGGGCGUCAGGCGUCUGCAGCUCUCCCCCGCUCCGCCCCAGGUACGGGCUAGUUACUCAUUAACUGCGCGGUCCCGAGCGCCCGAGGCUGGGAGCCCGAAGCCAGGUUACCUGUUGGAGGGGCGCACGCAGCCGGGAGCCGGGGCCCACGGUCGUGGAAGGGGGUCUAAAGAGAGUUUCCGAAUAAGUCUGGAGCCCCGCGCAGCGCAGAAGCUGAAGCGAGGUGAAGCUGUAGGCUUGGGCCAGGGGUCUUAGUAAACGACGUGCGAGGCACCAUGCCGAGGCGUAGAGGUCACCCUCGGGAGGUUUCGAGGGAACCUGGUGGGCAAGAGCAAUCGCCCGGAGUCGUGCCAUAGGAGGCAGCCUGGUUCAGCCUGACUUUUGUUCCGGGGAGUUGAGACGAACUGCACAGACGUAAUUGUGAUUACACUGCUCUUUCCAGGGAUGACAACUCGCUCCGACCGCCGGGGGAAAAGAGAGCUUAAUGGAUUCUAGAAGUGAUGUUAGGUGGGAUCCCGCAGCACGUGAAGAGUUGCCAGUUGCUAUGGGAUUAAAAAAAUAGCUGUAAUGGCUAAAGGGUUAUCCUAUGAUGAGGCAUUUGCUAUGGCUAAUGACCCCUUGGAAGGCUUCCAUGAAGUAAACCUUGCCUCACCUACUUCUCCGGACCUUCUUGGCGUGUGUGAGUCGGUCGCCCACGAGCAGACUACCUCACCAGGUGUCAUCUACCGGCCUCUCCCUUCAUCUUUGUGCUCUGCCCCUAUCCAGGCCAAUGCCUUAGAUGUAUCUGACCUUCCUACACAACCUGUAUAUUCAUCCCCCAGACGUUUAAAUUGUACGGAAAUAUCUAGUAUCAGCAUCCAUGUUACAGACCCAGCACCUAGUUCUACCUCGGGAGUAACAGCGGGGUUAACGAGAUUAACUACGAGAAAGGACAGCUGCAGUGCUGAGAGGGCGUUUCUGCAGGGCGCCACUGUAGCAGAUGCUUGUGAUGGCAGUGACGAUAUUUUCGGGUUGAGUACCGACAGUCUGUCCCGUUUACGAAGCCCGUCUGUUUUGGAAGUCAGAGAAAAGGGCUAUGAAAGAUUAAAAGAAGAACUUGCAAAAGCUCAGAGGGAACUAAAGUUAAAAGAUGAAGAGUGUGAGAGGCUUUCCAAAGUACGGGAUCAACUUGGACAGGAAUUGGAGGAACUCACAGCUAGUCUAUUUGAGGAAGCUCAUAAGAUGGUGCGAGAAGCAAAUGUCAAGCAGGCAACAGCAGAAAAACAGUUGAAAGAAGCACAAGGAAAAAUUGAUGUACUUCAGGCUGAAGUAGCUGCAUUGAAGACACUUGUAUUGUCCAGCUCGCCAACAUCACCUACGCAAGAGCCUCUGCCAGGAGGAAAGGCCCCUUUUAAAAAGGGACAUACAAGAAAUAAAAGUACAAGCAGUGCUAUGAGUGGCAGUCAUCAGGAGCUCAAUGUGAUACAGCCAAUUGUAAAAGACUGCAAAGAGGCUGACUUAUCUCUGUAUAAUGAAUUCAGAUCUUGGAAGGAUGAGCCCACAAUGGACAGAACAUGUCCUUUCUUAGACAAAAUCUAUCAGGAAGACAUAUUUCCAUGUUUAACAUUCUCAAAAAGUGAGUUGGCUUCAGCUGUUUUGGAGGCUGUGGAAAACAAUACUCUAAGUAUUGAGCCAGUGGGAUUACAGCCUAUUCGAUUCGUGAAAGCUUCUGCAGUCGAAUGUGGAGGACCAAAAAAAUGUGCUCUUACUGGCCAGAGUAAGUCCUGUAAACACAGAAUUAAAUUAGGAGACUCAAGCAACUAUUAUUAUAUUUCUCCUUUUUGUAGAUACAGGAUCACUUCUGUGUGUAACUUUUUUACAUACAUUCGCUAUAUUCAGCAGGGACUUGUGAAACAGCAGGACGUUGAUCACAUGUUUUGGGAAGUUAUGCAGUUGAGAAAAGAGAUGUCACUGGCAAAGCUGGGAUAUUUCAAAGAGGAGCUCUGAUCCUCUGCCUGGGACCAUGCACAAUCUCCCUGCAUACCUGGAAGAUGGCUGAAUAUUUUUAUGGUUACUUGAUAUUUAUUUCCAAGGUCUGGGCCCAAGACUUUUCCCCUCUUUUGCAAUUUACACCAAGAAGUACUGUGAUUUCUUUUAAACUGACCUAUGCUGUUUUUGCUUAUUCUUUAGUUGAACACACUAUAAAAAAUUACAGGUGUACUAGUGAUUGUAAUUUAUAGUUGCAAAAAAAAAAGGUAAAUAAACAAAUAUUAGAUCGAAUGUGUUUUUGCUUUCUCUUCUAGCUCUGACAUAGCACAUGAGGUCAGCUGAAUGUAUUGAAUUGGUUUUCAAACUGCACAGCAGCCUGUGGGAGGCAAGGAAGACGGCUGAGUGGACAGGGUCAGCUCUUUCUCUCCACUUGAAAAACUCUACUCUUGUCUGUUUUAUAUAUUGGGAUUAAAAAAAAGAUUUAAAGAAUUCUGCUGCUAAAAAGUUUGAAAG